GAUCUGUUUUUGUUUCCUGCUGUGACACUCUCAUGUGCAGCAGCACAGGUUUAGGCCUGAGAUUCAACCAUGCCAUUGGCUAGACUUCCUGGUUGGCUGUGUGUUGUUGCCUGUGGGCUCCUGCUUCUCCUCCAGCAUGUGCAUGGCCAGGACUCAGCCAGCCCCAUCAGGAACACCCACAGGGGUCAGGUGAGAGGCAGCUUUGUCCACGUGAAGGACACUAAAUCUGGUGUCCAUGCCUUCCUGGGAAUCCCCUUUGCCAAGCCUCCUGUAGGACUACUGCGCUUUGCACCUCCUGAGGACCCUGAGCCAUGGAGUGGUGUGAGAGAUGGGACCUCACAGCCGGCCAUGUGUCUGCAGCCUGAUAUAAUGAAUUUAGAGGAUGCGAAGGAAAUGAAUCUGAUCCUGCCUCCCAUCUCUAUGUCCGAGGACUGCCUGUAUCUCAACAUCUACACACCAACCCACGCCCAGGAGGGCUCUAACCUGCCUGUGAUGGUAUGGAUCCACGGUGGUGGACUGGUUGUAGGAUCAGCUUCCAUGAAUGAUGUAUCUAAACUGGCAGCCACUGAGGAAAUAGUAAUUGUCGCCAUCCAGUAUCGCUUGGGGGUCCUUGGCUUCUUCAGCACUGGAGACCAGCAUGCCAGAGGCAACUGGGGAUACCUGGACCAAGUGGCUGCCUUACGCUGGGUGCAGAAGAAUAUUGCUUACUUUGGAGGCAACCGUGACAGGGUCACUAUAUUUGGAGUCUCAGCAGGAGGUACAAGUGUGUCUUCUCAUAUUCUGUCCCCAAUGUCCAAAGGACUCUUUCAUGGAGCCAUUAUGCAGAGUGGAGUGGCCCUGCUGCCUGACCUCAUCUCUGACACUUCUGAGGUGGUCUACAAGACAGUAGCCAACCUAUCUGGUUGUGAAGCCACAGACUCAGAAGCCCUGAUCCACUGCCUGAGAGCAAAGAGUAAACAAGAGAUCCUGGCUAUUAACCAGGUCUUCAAGAUGAUCCCUGCUGUGGUGGAUGGGGAGUUCCUACCCAAGCAUCCUCAGGAGCUGCUGACCUCUAUGGAUUUUCACCCUGUCCCCAGCAUCAUUGGUGUCAACACAGAUGAAUGUGGCUGGGGAGUCCCCAUGUUCAUGGGCCUUGACCAUAUCAUAAAGAACAUAACCAGAGAGACCCUGCCAGCUGUUCUGAAGAACACAGCAGCACGGAUGAUGUUGCCUCCAGAAUGUAGUCACCUGCUAGUGGAGGAGUAUAUGGGGGACACUGAGGACCCAGAGACCCUGCAAGCACAGUUCAGAGAGAUGCUGGGGGACUUCAUGUUUGUGAUCCCUGCUCUCCAAGUGGCACAUUUCCAGCGUUCCCAGGCUCCUGUCUACUUCUAUGAGUUCCAGCAUCUGUCCAGCUUCAUCAAGCAUGUCAGGCCAUCACAUGUGAAGGCAGACCAUGGUGAUGACGUUGCCUUUGUCUUUGGCUCCUAUUUGUGGGACAUGAAUUUGGACCUCACUGAGGAGGAGGAGCUGCUAAAGAGGAUGAUGAUGAAGUACUGGGCCAAUUUCGCAAGAAAUGGGAACCCCAACAGUGAGGGUCUACCCUCCUGGCCUGUGUUGGACCAUGAUGAGCAGUACCUGCAGCUGGACACCCAGCCUGCUGUGGGUCGAGCCCUGAAGGCCAGAAGGCUGCAGUUCUGGACCAAGACUCUGCCCCAGAAGAUCCAGGAGCUCAAGGGUUCUCAGGACAAGCAUGCAGAGCUGUAGCGUCCUGUGUCAGGGAAGGUGUGUGAGAUUAAAAGCAGAUGGUGUAAUUCUGAGGUUACAAAGUCCAUUUAUUCAUUUUUAUUUGUUCUAAUACUUAUGGAAGCAUUUCUAAUAUCAGCAUUUGCCCUUCCAGACAUGUAUGAAGAGCAGUCAGUGUUAUUUCUUAUCAUUCUGGGCAAACAUUCAUUAGAAUCAAUAAAAGCUCUCAUAACAGUGUG